GUUUCCGGGUUUGCGAUUCGUUGAACGCCGCCCCCUGUUUUCGUCACUUGUUGAUGACGUAUGAGGAAGUUCGGCGUUGUGAAGGCGCUCGUUACUCCGGCGCGGGUUCACCGUGGGUUUAAUGCUGGUUUUUAAACGCAUAAAACAACCGAUGUGCGGGAUUUAGAUGUCGAGACGAUGAAAGUUGCACGUAUGUGUUUGUUGCUGCUCGUUUUGUCGACAACCUGCCCGCUGGUCAACGCGUUCGAUCCGAUCACAGGAGCAGUGGUCUUCGGUGUCGGUACGUUCCUGAGCCGGAAGAUCUACAAUUAUUUCCAAGAAAGUUGCGACCCGAGUUGGAUAGCCUUCAAUGCAACAGGUCUCGAGGCGGACCUGAGCAGUAAACUGUUUGGACAGCACAUCGCGUCACGCAUCAUCUUGAAAGCCGUGACAGGAUUCAUGAACAAUGACAACCCGAAGAAGCCCCUGGUGCUUUCUCUGCACGGGUGGACCGGCACAGGGAAGAACUUUAUCAGCAAGAUGAUUGCUAAUAACAUUUACAAGGAGGGAACCAAUAGCAGCUUUUUUAAUUUUUUUGUAUCCACGUAUCACUUCCCACAUUCAAAUCAAUAUCUUAACUAUAAGGCUCAGUUACAGCAGUGGAUCAAAGGGAAUGUCACCAACUGUGAACGCUCCAUGUUCGUCUUUGAUGAGAUGGACAAGAUGCAUCCUGGUUUGAUUGACGGCAUUAAGCCAUUCCUGGACUACUAUGACAAGCUGGAUGGAGUUUCAUAUCGGAAAGCAAUCUUCAUCUUCCUCAGCAAUGCUGGGUCCGACAAAAUUGCCAAAACAGCUUUAGAUUUCUGGAAAGCUGGAAAAGAUCGAGAGGAUAUCCAGCUGAAAGACCUGGAAUCCUUGCUCUCUCUAUCAGUGUUCAACAACAACCAAAGUGGAUUUUACCGUACAAGUUUGAUUGACAAGAACCUGGUGGACUUCUUCAUCCCCUUGCUGCCUCUGGAGUACCAGCACAUCUUCCAGUGCACCAUGGCCGAGAUAAUAGCCAGAGGAAUGAAGCCGAACGUGCAUUUGGCAGAAAUGGUGGCCAAGGAUUUAAACUAUUUCCCCAAAACGGAAAGGGUCUUUGCUGCGACAGGCUGCAAGACGAUAGAAAGCAAGCUGGACUUCUUCUUGUAACGUCACCAUGGGAUGGACAAUACCUUCAAACACUGCACUUUUUUAAAUGAGAACCGCUCUCGGCCAAAUGACUAAAGAGGGGGAGUCAAGACAUCUGUAGAGGGCUUCUUCAGAGGUUUCUGCGUGAGCCCGUAUCAUCUUCCGUGCUACAUCUCGCUUACACUGAAUGACGGGGCUAAUGGAAGCACACAGUGCCAGCUGAAUGAAGAAAACAAUAAGAUAAGACCGCCAUCCUUUCUAACGGAUGAAGAGGUUUCAUCUGCUUUUUUUUAUGUCACACAACAGUGAGUUUUAAAGAGGCCGUCGUUUUGCUGAGUGUCUUAAAGGUGCCCUGAAACUAUGACACGCCACUUUUUGCAUUUAUUUUUAAUGGGUAAUCUAUAUUCGUGGUUUACUGGUUAACACUUGCCUUAAUUCUGACUGUCAUGAUUUUCGUAGUAUCUGCUGUCCUUUUUAUAAAUGUCCACGAGUUCAUCAGCCGUUGGACUGAAACUCUCACUGUUCAAAUACAGAACUAUAUGAUGCAAAAAAUUGUAUCGUAUGACAUCGGCAUUACCAACACCGACUUUUUAUGCUGCACGGCCACAGACUUUUGAAAUCGGGUUUGGUUUGAUACAUUGCAAAAUACAGUAUGAGUAAUACAGUACAUUAUUGAAAUUGUUGUGUACAUAGUAAAAUAUUGAAAUAUCUAGGUGUACAUUUUACUAGGGAUAAUGAUACUGAGCAUCUUUCUACACAAUGUCUGGAGCUGUGCAUGAACUCAGGAUAGUAUACCUGCAACACAAAACAAUAAAAUUUACCAAAAAAUAUUUUUAGCAUUAAAAGAAAUGCAGAUGUUUCACGAUACAGAAAUAAAAUGCUACUGUAUAUAACAUUAAUUGUCCUUUUUACUGCGAUUUUAAAAGGAGUAAAUAUUGUGCCCUAGUUUACCUACAAUGUUCUUUUUAAUCAAAUCACAAUACUUUUCAGAGUCAUACACAGCCCUGCCUAAACAAUGUGAAACAUUGUCUUCUGUUGGUUUUUCAAAAUCUGCAUUGACACUAUAUAAAAGCUUCAGUUAAAUCUAUGAUGUGGAUGUGAAGCUGACGUCCGCAAGCAUCUUUCUUGUUUAACACCACCUGAAAAACAAAUCGCAAAUAAAAUAAGAAAUUUUA